AUGGCGACCAACACUGAGGGCGGCGCUGAUGGCACCCAAGCGCCGAAGUUGGCACAGCAGAACCUCAACUAUUUAUUUCACCACAUUUUUCUACCCCCAAAGGUUCCAGGCGGACAAGAUAGCUCUGGCGAGAAAGACGAAGCCUUAAUUGACUUCGUUCUGGGCUGUCUACGGCUGUUUCUCUUCCAAGCACAUCCAGAUCACACCGCCGCUGUCAAAGCCGCCAUGUGCAUGACCGAGAACAUGAAGGACGCGAGGUGUGCUCUUGGAAUGCUGCGAGAACUCGGUACUCAGAGUGUCUUGAGCCAAAUUUCUUCCAACGGUAUAGCCUUUUCUCUUAUCUUCUUGACUAUCAUCCUAGAAGCUCUUGCAUCGUUUCACAUCACUGCCCAGAACGCGGGAGUCGUUAUUCACAAGGCGGCCACUUCGGUCAUUCUCGAAGUCUUUGAGCUUUCUCCGACAAAUUCUUCCGUCCAAAGUACUCGCGGCCGUCUGCAACGUCAAUUCCCGGCGUCAGCAAUCGCUGUACCGAGCGACCUCUUCGACAACGAGGAUUUCCGGUCGGUACUGGGGAAGACUCUGGUCAAGAUGAGCCAGCAACCGGUUGACGAAAUGCAGCCCAAAGUCCGGAAGGCCAAAGAGAUUCAUAAUGAAGAACGAGAUACAGUUGACCCGCGACUGGUAACCGAGUUACUUGUCAGCUUCCUGCGAGGAUGUGGUAAGCAAGUCAAUGUUCGUGGUAUUUGCAAGAAUACUCGCGAGGAAGUCAUGUGGAAUCAAAGCAAACUUCCUUGGAGAAGAUCUCCGGUGUGGCUCCUCCUUCGAGUCUCCUUGCAACUCACCAUGAAUCGCGUUGCCACCGAUUCCGGGGAUGCUUACAAGACGUUCAUGGUGUUCUUUCUAUCACGCAUACUCGAAGCCAGUGUACAACAAUCGCCCGGUCAUGUUCUUCACACAAUGAGAACAAAAAUUUCCAGGCGUCUACUGAAACUGGAGAAUCCGAAGGACGGCGCUUGGCUUGGGACGGUUCGCGACACGUUGUCUCGAACCUCACACUGGCUCGAAGACAAGUGGCAGCGACUUUGCGUUGACUUGCAGCCGCCGCUUGAUUUGACGGCCGUCUCGAGUCUAAAAAUGGAUGAAGAUGUGUUCUUCGACCUUUGCAAGAUGGACCAAUUCAUCUCAUCCAUACUGCAACACGAUAACACCAACCAGCUGUCACACUCAAGCCCAACUUCACAGCUCCAGGUCUUCAGCGCGCUCUCUCUACCACAAGUUUCCAAUACCAAACAAGAUUACCUGCCCUUUCACCUUGCUAUGGUUGAGUCUUGGGUGGCGGCAAACUUGGAAAGCUGGAUAGAGAGACAUGUCGGCGUUCAGACGACUUGCUUGGAGCUGAGCCGUUUAAUCCGGAACUAUCACGCCAGCACUAUUUCUUGGUAUGCAAACCGUCCCGAGGGUGCUUCGCGUAUGCAUUUGGUCAUUUUAGAGCUCUGGAUUGCUGCCGACAAAGCUGCCCUCCACGCCUUUCCUAUUCUCCAGCACUAUGAGCCCGAAAUUCCAUUCCAGGUGUAUCAAGCCUUAUUACUUGGCUUUCAAGGAGACAUGGCAAGGCUCGCCCGCGCCGAAGCAUACCUCCAUCAGCGCCAAAAGUUCACAGAGGCACAGCAAAGACCCUCGGUUUUCAGCUCUUUUGGUCAUCCAAAUUCUUUACCGGUCCGUUACUUCUCGGAAUCAGUGGAACAGCAAGCCUUGAAGAAAACGAUCGAGCGGCAAGCGACUGCAGAGAGGGAGGCCAAGCGUCAAGAGUUCAGAAACCUCAAAGCACAGUAUAAUCGUCUAAUUCAACUCAGCAUAGAGACUGCGUGCGAGAUGAUAGAGGAUGUGGAUAAAGAUGGCCUGAAAUUCAAUUACCACAGCUCCAACUGCAACAGCUGUGGGUAUAAGGGGAAAGCGAACAGUCUGUCCAUCAAUAUCCAUGAGUGGCCACUAUCGAGCAAUGACUUGGAAGCCCAAACCACCGUCUUUGAGCUAUUAAUCCCUCCUGCUUUUGCGGAAUGGCGAGAUCUAACAGUCUAUAUCAUCGAUGACGUGCUUCGAAGCGACCGCCCGUCAGUCUCUUCCCCACAUGAUCGUUAUCCCUUGCAAACGUACCAAGGGCUCUCCAAGUAUCUCCAACAUUCAUACAGACGGCGUAUUCAUCUUCUAUCAACAACCAAGCCGAAUGUGGUCACGCACCGGCGGGACAAACCGAUCAGCCAUUCCUCCGACACACAUGCAAUUCUGUCGGACACUGAAUUUGGACACUCGAUGCUUACCUGCCUUCAAACUUCUGUGUCGCGCAUCCAAGAAAAUUGGGAGUCUUACGUUGCUCUCUGGACGUUCUCUUUUCUUGCAGCUCGUCUCUUGUCAAUGACCACCAAGAAUCUCAAGCCACAAUACCUCCAGCUUCUCAAGCAUUGUAGAGAGGUCUCUUACCAAUGGAUAUCCCAUUUACGUGACAGAAUUCGCAAUACGACGGAUAGCAGCCAGAGGACAGAGUUUCUCCGGGUUCUGGUCGAUAUUUGUCUCGUCUGUGCCGAUUCCUUCAAUCUAGAUCAACAACAUCUCGAGGAAGUGUUAUCCGAACCGCAGCAGGCAUCGAUUCUUGUUGAAGUCUCCAUCAUCAUCCAGAACAAUGCGAAUCUCGGGAACAUGGAAAAGGGAGUCCUGCAAACCACUACGCGGGGUAGGUGGCAGCACACGUUGCACCGUUCCUGUUUAUUCCUGACAAAAGAUGUCAUUUCCAAUGGAAAUGCGUGUCUUGACCUGGCUGUCACUAGAUGUUGGCCGCCUUUCAAUUCAGGGGGCGGCUGGCAUUUGACGCCUUCAAAUUGGUAUUGGUUCGAGACAAGUUUCGCACAGCUCGAAGUCCGUCUCAACAUUCUCACGGGAGAGUUACUUGUGAAUGGGUUGCCUCUGUCGCGUCUGCCCUGGAGCUAUUCUAAUCAUGCUCACUACCUACGAGUAUUCGAAAGGCUUGCCUUGGAUGCUAUGCCAAGUCCACUCAAUGGCAUGGAUUUCUCCAGCACAGAGACAUUCGCUGGGCACAAGGUUCACUUCUCCAUGCAACCAGCUCCUUGGGAUAGCUCAUAUCACAAUCUGUUGAUACGCCUGGAGAAGGAUGGGGCAUUUCAAGAUCUCAUCCCUCAUCAAGUUCUUGAUGGGAAACUACCUGACUCACUCGUUCAAGACUUCGUCCAUUGGUAUCAUCGUGACACAAACACCAUCGAGUUUCGUCCACUUGGUAGUCCCUGGAAGACUGACCCUGAGAAUUGGCGCCUCAGGAGUGAUGGCACAAAGUGGAAGCUCACUCAAGGCGACCACAUAUCGUUGAUAGCCCCAACAAGCAACUCCGGUCGGCUCGUUGCGUCAAUUUUCGCUGCACUUGAAUCCCCGCUGCGGCUCCAUAUGCUGUUCAACGAGAAACAGGACUCGCUGGAGGUUAGACUGCACCACCUUCAGCUCAACUUUGACUUGAGAUCUGGAGAUACGGCUAUAAGAUCCCGACAGUUCCGAGACAUGCAAAUCGAUGCGGAUCAAUCUAUCGGAACCUUGGUUGGAUUCAACAGCAAGUUGGUGCUGCGAAAUGGCCAGGAUUCACAAAUCCGAGUGAUACUCAUUCCAGAGGGGAUUGUUGAGUAUCGGAAAUUAUGUCGCGACGGCUUCGACGACCAUGUGGAAGCGUCCGUGAAUUGCGAUACCGCCAGUCAGGUGCAUUCGUAUUCAAUUGACAACCAACUUGACCGGCUUGUUGACAACGAUACGAUACAAAGCAAACUGUACCUCGCUUACCUUCAUGGGGUCACAUCCUAUUGCCUCCCGGACCCUUUGCUUGGCCGGACGGGAACCGAACAAGCGCUGUCAAUUCUUGGCUCCGCCUCGGUGCGUUCAGUGGCUUGUUUGGACCAGAAGAAUAUGCAGCUGCUGGAUAAAAUUGCUCACUUAUCUCCCAGGAGGUCGUUUUACCCUCCUUCUGAAAGGGUGAUGCAGGUUGUCGGAUGGUCAUCUGACUUGACCUUUCUAACACAAGAUGACCGAUUCUACAAGGUUGUAUCCGAAAUUCUUGAGAAUGCACGUAAAAUCGAGUUCCUGUACCCUGGCAGUUCGAUUGAGGCAGAUCAUUUAACUCAUGCGGAUAUGCACCUUGUCACGAGGCAGAUUAUUCGAAGCGCCAGCCGCCACGUAUCGGGAUUCGGUGCUGAAGAUUUUACUCUCAAGUACGACGGAGCGUAUGAAUCAAGAGAUGGUGGUCAGCCAUCUGCUCGAGCCGCUCGUGCAAGCAAAACUGCUUAUAUGAUCUAUCACGACCAUCAAUUUCUCCUAAAGAAGCCUGCUUCCGAUCUUGUCAGCCAUUUGUACCAGCUUCUCUCCGCCACAUGGAAGACGCAAUCACCCAGGGUACCACCGACACCGCGAGAGAUGGAAUAUGAUUCAAAGUGGCUUCAGGCACUACACACCUUCCUCUCGAAGGAUUGGUGCCGUUUACACUUUGCCUUCCAAACAAACAGGCAGUGGCUCAACAAGUUUCAGUUAAUGAUUUGGCUCGCAACGAUGUCGUAUGCCACCAACCACGUUCCCCAGGUCACGCAGGCUCUACUGGCUCUGUCUUUUUCGCCCAGCGUUUCGGCGGUUUCUCUGCCCAGCGGCCUUUCUUUCGACUUGCUUCGAGGCUACCAGGCCCAGUCACAUGAACUUAGCGACCUAAUCCGCCAGGCGUCAAAUGGUUUUCCGCAGUCUCCCGAGGCGGCUCUGCCCCGAUUAUCUCAUGAAUCUGAAAAAUCAGCAAAAUCUCGACGAAAGCGUCUACACAAGGCCAAGAAAAAGAACGAAGUUCAAAGGUUCUGUGACCAACUCAUGCAACAGUGGCCAUGCCCCACGCCUCAACAACCAACCGGGUCUCAGAUAGGUAUCUACAUUAAUGGUGCGGCCGCCAUGAAGACGAUCCGACCUAUGUGGAGCACUUGGCAUAAAAAUCUACUCUUCAAAGGAUACAUUGAGAAAUUUGUCAACGCUUUGAAAACGAUACCAAUAAGUCUUGUCGCUGUUCCAUCUUUCCCAAGUCGAGCUGCGUUGGCGCCAAUCACCCGACUGCCUGGCUUUGUAUCGAUCAACACCCUUUUCACCAACCCUGCACCUUCAACGACGCCGGCUCUCCAUCAACUACCGAGUACACUGAUUGAACAUUCGACUGCUCGUACUGGUUCGCAGAAAUUGCUCGAUGUCCUCGACCUGUUAGAUCUCAGUGCCAAAUUCGACAACGAACGCCAGUAUCUUGCAGAGCUCCGCAGUAGCCUUUCACAUCUUCAGGGUGCUCCCACUCUACGUCAAGUUGCUGACCAGGACACUCUCUUUCAACGAUACUUGGAGCAUUGUGAGACCCAUGUCAAAUCCGUGUACCAGUCGCUAUCGCAAGCUAUCGGGGCUGUCUCAGGAGAGCCAAAGCAAGUAUCUCCAAUCCUUCUUCUACAGCAGCUUACCAACUCCCGAUGGUGCCAUCUCUCUGGUGAGUGGAAAGCCAGCAUUGUGGCAUACGGAGAAGCGAUCGCGGCCCUUCAGCAAGCCAAACGACUCGUGCAACUCCAACAUAACGAGGUUGAUCUCCUCAAGGAACUCGAAAAUUUGGGGCCCAGAGGCUGGGACCCUCGCGAAUAUCCAGAAUGGCUUUUACUCGAAUGCGAGAGCGGGAUCAAGAUUCGCGAGGCCCAGCAACAAAUUGCCAGGCAGAUGAUGAAUCCACCUGAUGGGCGCAAUGCCAUGAUGCAGCUCAACAUGGGAGAGGGAAAAUCCACCGUCAUCGCUCCUAUCGUUGCGGCAGCUCUCAGUGACGGCUCAAAACUUGUGCGUGUCAUCGUGGCAAAGCCACAGGCCAAGCAAAUGUUUCAUUUCCUGGUGUCGAAGCUUUCUGGCAUGCUUGAUCGACCGGUAUACCAGUUUCCAUUCUCGAGGGCGAUUCGUAUGGAUCCAGAAAAGGUAGAUGCCCUUCGUCAACUAGUCACAAAAUGCAUGGAAGAGGGAGGCAUUCUGCUGGUCCAACCCGAACAUUUGCUUUCAUUGCAAUUGAUGGGCCUUGAAUACCAGAUCGACGGGGCCACCGAGGUUGCUGAUAAGCUAUUGGAGAUGCAGCGCUUUUUCGACAAAAGCUCAAGGGAUGUGGUCGAUGAGAGCGACGAGAACUUUAGUGUCAAAUUCGAACUCGUCUAUACCCACGGCCAACAACGACCCAUGGAGCAUAGCCCAGCACGAUGGGUUGUGAUUCAAGAAGUUCUCGGACUUUUUGUGAACUUUGCCAAGGAGACCAAGAAGAAGUUUCCUGAGUCAGUCGAUUUAGAUGACCGGUACAGUGAGAGGUUUCCGAGAAUACGCGUUCUCCGUCUCGAUGCUGAGGGCCUCCUCCUGAGUCGCCUUGCUAGUCACAUUUGUGACAAAGGGAUCACUGGACUUCCUCUUGCACGUCAGCCUCUCAGCACAAGAGAAGCUGUCCGACGCUAUAUACUUGAACCGGUACCAUCACCAGAAGAUAUCGCAGCCGUCGAGGACAGCCCUUUUUGGGCUGAGACAACCGUCCACAAUAUUUUACUCCUCCGUGGGUUGCUCGCAGGGGGCAUUCUUGCAUUCGUAUUCGGCCUCAAGCGAUGGCGUGUCAAUUACGGCACGGACACAAAGAGGGAGAAGAAAACCCGACUCGCUGUGCCCUUUCGAGCGAAGGACAGCCCGACUCCUCGGUCGGAGUUCAGCCAUCCAGAUGUCGUCAUUGUCCUUACCUGCCUGAGUUAUUAUUAUAGUGGCCUAGAAGACGAGGAUCUCUUCGGGGCACUCAAUCUUCUCACGCGGUCUGACAAUGCCGAUCUGGAAUACCAAUCAUGGGUUGUGACGGCGCCAAGUUUACCAUUGGCCUUCAAGCAACUAAACGGCAUCAACCUUCGCGAUCGCGUUCAGUGUACCUCGGAGGUUUUCCAGCAUCUCCGAUACUCCAAGGGAGCGAUCGACUAUUUCCUGUCGCACAUGGUCUUUGCAAAGGAGUUGAAGGAGUUCCCACACAAGCUCACAGCUUCUGGGUGGGACUUGGGCAAAGUGAAGCAAAACCCCACGACGGGCUUCAGCGGAACCAACGAUUCCAGAUACGUGCUGCCGUUGGAUGUCGAGCAAUUGGACCUCCCUGAGCAAAAACACACCAACUCACUGGUAUUAGAGUAUCUAUUGCGCCCGGAAAAUAGCACUGCCUUAAUGCCGCCCCGUGGUGAAGGAGCGAAUUCGGACUGCGAAGCGCUUCUCGGUAUGGUGACCAAGAUGGGGUCAAACACCCGCGUUAUUCUCGACGUCGGCGCUCAAGUCAUCGAUCUCAAUAACCGGGACUUUGCUGAGGCUUGGUUGAAAAUGUACGAAGGCGAUCCCACAACACAAGCCGUCGUCUUUUUUAGCGACGCCGAUGAACUCAUGGUCCUCGACCAUUCGGGCAAAGUCGAAGUGCUUCAAACGUCACCAUUUGCCAAGCUCUUGGACCAGUGCCUCAUCUUCCUCGACGAAGCACACACGAGAGGCACAGACCUAAAGCUUCCAGAGUUCUAUCGCGCGGCGGUGACCCUAGGUGCGAACUUGACCAAGGACAGACUCGUCCAAGCGUGUAUGCGGAUGCGGAAACUAGGAAAAGGACAGUCCGUCGUGUUUUGCGUCCCAAGAGAGAUUGAAAGAAAAAUCUCAAGGCAGCGAGAAACUUGGACAUCCUCCCAGCCACCAGAGACCGAAAGACUUACCGUCUCAGACGUCGUCUGCUGGGCCAUCUCGGAGACUUGGACCGAUCUACGACGCACCAUCCCGUUGUGGGUUACGCAAGGCCUCCGAUUCUAUCGACAAGACCGAAUCUGGGAACAGUUCCAGUUCCCCCGGGGUGACCAAAGCCAGGGAGUAGAAUGGGCCCGGCGAUUCCUGGAGGAGGAAGCACAGAGUUUGGAUCACCGGUAUCGUCCACGCACUACCCGCCAAAACGUCUCUGCGAUACUCGACCAGGUCGCUCCGGCCAUUGGAGAACGGUUUCAGCAUCAAUGUCAUCAAUUUGGCAUCGCCGAGUUUGGCACAGCGUCGUUGCAGGAGGAGCAGGAGAGAGAGCUCUCCCCCGAAACCGAGCAGGAACGACAAGUGGAAAAGCCUCCCCGUGUAAAGGCGGCCGACCAUGCAAUCGAGUCAGGGUUACGUUACUUCAUCAAGCAUGGGGAGCUGUUGGACGAUCGCGAGGGAUUUAAGCCCGCUUUUAUGGCCCUCAGCAACACAACAGCAGCGAAACAUCUCGAUGUUGCCGAGUUUCCAUCGCAUGUCUGGGUUACAGAUGACUUUGCCAGGACCGUCCAGAACAUAUCCCAAGAAACAGACUGUUCAGACUCAUUCCAGCGUCCAGUACAAUGGGUCCUAACAAGCGCCCCUCCAGGUAAUUCGGUCGUCAGGCAUAUUGUCAUCAUCAGCCCAUAUGAGGCGAAUGAGCUACUACCAAGAAUCCAGGCGUCUCGAUUCGUCACACUCCAUCUGUACUCUCCUCGAAUCAAUCUCGGGUUCCAGCCUCCGGAUCACUUGGGAUUAUACACUGUCCCGCAAAGAGCACCCAAACACGAGAUUUCUUGUGAACAGCGCAUCCAGCUAAAUCUCUUUGCUGGCCAACUAUACCUUUCCUCGUUCCAAGAGUACACCAAGGUGUGCGACGCGCUCGGGCUGGCGUCGAGUCCUACCCAGGGCCUCGUCAUCCUGGAGGCAGAUGGCUUCAUCCCGCCUGAUUUGAAGGAAGGCAAGGUUACCAACCAGUCCGGGUUUACGAAGAGCCCGGUCAAGUUCAUGAAGGUUCUGAUGUCGGGGAUACGGCAGAAUUGCGAGGCCAUAGAGAAGACCUGCAUGGGCAAGAUUCUGGAUGGCGUGCUCUUGACGGAAGAGGAUUUUGCGGAGGGUUAGUGGAACGUACACGCAUGGAGUAUGUAGCACGAGAUUGAUAAACGGAUAAUUCCUUACUUGUUGAACAAGAUCUCCUUUCAAGUCACUCCCAGUAGUCGUGCUUAUUCCGGCCUGAAUUCUCGUACAAAUUCGCUGUCUGCACACAGAGACGAAGCUGGUUUGCAAAAAGUGUGCGCUAUCGUGCAAAGCUUCCAGAAUGUUUGACAAAAUCCCGCCAAUGUAGUACAGAUUUUUCUUAAAAUUUUACGCCCUCUUUUAUAUUCACUUUCCCAUCUUGAGGGAGAUUCUUCACAUUUUCGUUAGGUCGCAAGGGUUUUUUUUGUGGGAAUCGAACAAGGGUGGUUAGGCAGAAAUGGCAGAGAGUCCAAAUUCUCGC